AUGGCGGCUCCGACGCAACUUGCUUACCGUACCCUCAAGGGCAUUGGCAUCAUGAAUGCUGCCCCUACCUAUGAGGCUCUGUCGGGCUUUGUGAGACCUGAGGGAAACCUCCGUUGCAGCUCUUACUCUCCAUGUGGCCGUUAUUACGCCUUUGCAUCUCCUGAAAAGGUCACCAUUGUCGAUGCCUCCUCGGGUAACCUGGUUUCGACUAUCCCGGCCGAGAACGUGUUCGAGCUGGGCUUCUCCCGUUCGGACGAGAAUGGGGAUGCAACAAAGAAUCUGAAGGUGUGGCGCGCUGUUGAGAGUGGAGAUGAGCACACUGUUGUGGGCAGUUAUGUCCAGAAGUCGCAGACAGGCUGGAACCUGCAGUACACCCCGGACGAGAAGCUGUGUGCCCGUGUCGUGACCAACCAGGUCCAAUUCUUCCAGAGCGACAACUUGUCCACUGUUUGGAAUAAGCUACACGUCGAGGGGGUGGCUGAUUUCGCUCUCUCGCCUGGAAAGACUCAAUCUAUUGCUGUCUUUAUUCCUGAGCGUAAGGGCCAGCCUGCUGCUGUGAAGGUUUUCAUUGUGCCGCAGUUUGGUGCCCCCGUUUCUCAGAAGAGCUUCUUCAAGGGCGACAAGGUUCAGCUGAAGUGGAACUCUUCUGGCACUACCUGCAUUGUCCUUGCGCAGACUGAGGUCGAUCGCACUGGAAAGAGUUACUAUGGCGAGACUACUUUGUAUCUGCUCAGCGCCAGUGGUGCUUUCGACUCUCGGGUUGAUCUUGACAAAGAAGGACCCAUCCACGAUGUGAGUUGGAACCCCAACUCCAAGGAGUUUGGUGUCGUCUACGGCUACAUGCCCGCUAAGACCACCAUUUUCAAUCUGCGUGGUGUGCCCAAGCACAACUUCCCGUUGAGCCCGCGGAAUACCAUCCAGUUCUCUCCUCAUGGUCGAUUCGUCCUGGUUGCCGGUUUCGGCAACCUGGCAGGCCAGAUGGAUCUCUACGACAUGGAGAAGAACUAUCAUAAGAUCGCUACUGUCGAGGCCUCUAACGCCAGUUACAUCCUGACUGCCACCACCAGCCCGCGUCUGCGCGUUGACAACGGCGUGCGCAUCUGGCACGUCAGCGGAAGCCUCGUGUAUAACGAGGAAAUGACCGAGCUCUAUGAUAUCACCUGGCGUCCCCAGACUACCGAGCAGCACCCCCUCGGUGACCCCUUCACCAAGCUUCCCCACCCGCAAGGCCCCCGUCAAGCCCGCCGGCGCCUACCGCCCCCCGGAGCCCGCGGCCAGCUGACCCCCCUUGCCUUCAAGCGCGAGGACCAGGGCGGGGCCGCCUUCGUUCGCGACGGUAUUCCCGGCGCCAGUAUGAACGGCUUCGGUAAGCCCCGCCGCCGUGAGAUCCCCGGGGCCGAGCCCGUCGAGGAGUAUUUGCCCCCGGGUGCCGCACCUGGUGGUGGUGUCCCCCUCCCCGCGGGCGCCGACGAGAAGCUCUCCAAGUCCGCAGCCAAAAAUAAGAAAAAGCGUGAGGCUAAGAAGGCCCGCGACGACGAGAACGCUCCCCUGCCAACGCCCCUACCGGUCCUAGCCCCGAUCGCAAUCGCUCGCGCGGCAAGAAUACUCCCCCCGUCAACGGAAACGGAAACACUCCCAAGCGCGCCCCUUCGCCUCCUCCUGCCCCCGCUGGUCCUGAUUGAGCCCUCCGCUCAGGAUAAGAAGAUCCGCGGCCUGCUCAAGAAGAUCCGUGCUAUUGAUGAGCUGAAGAUGCGUCUUGCAGGUGGUGAGAAGCUGGAGGAUACUCAGAUGAAGAAGAUCCAGACUGAGGAUUCCGUGCGUAAGGAGCUUGAUGCUUCUGGCUACACUGGGUGA